AUGCCUGCCCCGGGCCCCUCCCUCUGCCCCCUGACCCCGCCCCUCCUCCUCUGGCCCCUCCUCCUCUGGACCCUGCCCCCCCUCGGCUCCGCCCUCGACCCCCGGGACCCAAACGUGUGCAGCCUGUGGGAGACCUUCACCACGUCCGUGAAGGAAUCGUACUCGCAGCCGUUCGACCAGGUGUCGGAGGAGGCGUGUGUGAGGGGGCAGGACCGCUCCAGGUGUGUGCGGCACAGGGUGGUUUACAGGACGGCGUACAGACAGGCCGUGAAGACGGACUACCGCCGCCGCUACCAGUGCUGCCCCGGGUACUACGAGAGCGCCGACAAGUGUGUGGCUCGCUGUACUCAGGAGUGUGUCCACGGUCGCUGUGUGGCCCCUGAGCGGUGUCAGUGUGAGGGCGGCUGGAGGGGCCCCGACUGCUCCAGCGCGUGUGACUCGAGGCACUGGGGACCCGACUGCAAACGUCGGUGUCUGUGUGAGAACGGGGCGGAGUGUAACCCGGUGACUGGGCGAUGUCGGUGCCCCGCGGGUUUCACCGGGGUGCACUGUGAGGACCCGUGUCCACCGGGCACCUACGGGUCCUCCUGUCUGCAGAGGUGCAAGUGCGGGGCAGGCGGCACCUGUCACCGGGCGACGGGCGAGUGUGUGUGUCACAGCGGAUUCACCGGCGUCUUUUGUGAUAAAGUUUGCUCUGGCGGGCGCUGCCCUCCGCGGUGCCCCUGUCAGAACGGGGGCGUGUGCAAAGGGAAGGGCGUGUGUGACUGUCCCCCGGGCUGGACCGGCUCUGUGUGUACAGAGCGAUGUCCUGUCGGGCGCUUUGGGCCCAACUGUACUUCAGAGUGUGUGUGCCACAACAGAGGACACUGCCACCCAGAGACGGGGCAGUGCCAGUGCACCGAGGGCUUCACCGGCGCCAGGUGCAGUGAGGAGUGCCCGGUGGGUUCCUUCGGUCAGGACUGCUCUGGCGUCUGUGACUGUGCCAACGGUGCCCGCUGUUACAACAUCGACGGGGGCUGCCUGUGCGAGCCGGGCUUCAGGGGCCCUCAGUGCACGCAGAGGAUGUGUGCCCACGGCUCGUACGGCAUGCACUGUGAGAAGACGUGUCUGUGCCAGGACAAGAACACGCUCAGCUGCCACCCGAUGAAGGGCGAGUGCACGUGCGAGCCGGGGUGGGCGGGGCUUCACUGUAACGAGACGUGUGCGGUCGGGUUCUACGGCCCCGCCUGCCUGGAGCCCUGUCUCUGCGUGAACGGAGGAGAGUGUGACGGGGCCACGGGCAGGUGCAGGUGCGCACCUGGCUUCACGGGGCCUCACUGUGAGACGGUUUGUAAGAGCGGAACCUUCGGACCAAACUGCUCCCACGAGUGCAACUGUCUCCACGCUGUAGACUGCUCCCCUGUGGACGGAACCUGCUACUGCAAGGACGGCUGGAGGGGCCCCCAGUGCUCAGCCUCCUGCUCAGAGGGAACCUGGGGCCCCGGCUGUAACAGGACCUGUGCCUGUGCCAACGGGGCCAAGUGUGACCCUGCCGACGGCUCCUGCACCUGCUCCUCCGGGUGGCAGGGGGCGCUGUGUGACCAGCCCUGUCCCAUCGGACACUUUGGACCCGACUGUCAGAAGAGGUGUGAUUGUUUCCAGGCGACGGGGGGACGGGCAGUGUCGGGUGGACGGGUCGGGUCGGGUGGACGGUGUGUCGGGGUGGACGGGUCAGUGUCGGGGUGGACGGGUCAGUGUCGGGGUGGACGGGUCAGUGUCGGGGUGGACGGGUCAGUGUGUCGGGGUGGACGGGUCGGGGUGGACGGGUCAAGUGGUGGUCGGAGUGUCGGGGUGGACGGGUCAGUGUCGGGGUGUCGGGGUGGACGGGUCAGUGUCGGGGUGGACAGGGUCACGGGGUCAGUGUCGGGGUGGACGGGGCCCCGCUGCAGUGAGCCGUGUGCUGAGGGACUGUGGGGACCCGGCUGUAACCAGAGCUGUGUGAAGCACUGCCCCAACAGCGCCACCUGCCUGCGGGACAGCGGGACGUGUGUGUGUCACCCGGGCUACUGGGGCCCGCGCUGCCAGACCAAGUGCAGAGGCGGUGUGUUCGGCGACAGGUGCAGUCAGUCGUGUCCGUCCUGUGGGGGGAGUUUCCUGUGUCACCAUGUGUCGGGUCAGUGUGAGUGUCCAGCAGGACACACGGGGCCCGACUGUGACCAGGUUUGUCCCUCUGGAUUCUUCGGGCCCCAGUGCUCGCAGCCGUGUGGUCCCUGCACCAACUCGUCCUGUGACCCUCGGGACGGACGCUGCGUGUGUCCCGCGGGCUGGACCGGACCCGACUGCUCCAAACCGUGUGAACCCGGGCGCUUCGGUCUGUUCUGUGCUCAGAGCUGCUCGUGUGCGCCCCCUCUGGUGUGUGAGCGGGUGAGCGGGCAGUGUGUGUGCGGCGACGGAGAGUGUCAGCCGGACCCGACGUCGCAGGCGGGCAGCGUCAUGGUGCCCCUGCCCCCCAGCGAGCGGGAGUCGUGGGGGGCCAUCGUGGGCAUCAUGGUGCUGGUGCUGCUGGUGGUGCUGCUCCUGGCGCUGCUGCUGCUCUACCGCCACCGCCAGAAACAGAAGCACAACGCCGCGCCCACCGUGUCCUUCUCCGCCAGCCGCCCCGCCCGUUCCGAGUACGCCGUGCCAGACAUCCCUCACAGUUACCACCAGUACUACUCCAACCCGAGCUACCACACCCUGAGAGAGAACAGGGCCACCCUGCCGCACCUGCCCAACAACCACGACAGGAGCAUCAAGAACACCAACAACCUUCUGUUCGGGAGCCUGAAGAACACAGAGCGACAGAGACGGGGGCUGUACGGCCUCGACGGGAGCAACACCCUGUCAGCGGACUGGAAACCCCACCACCCCUGCACCCACUCAGGGGCGUACGGAAUCGACCGCAGCUACAGUUACAGCGCAGGAGCCGGAAAAUAUUAUCAUAAAGAGCUGAAGGAGAGUCUGGCCGUGAGCAGUAGUUCUGUGAACAGCGAGAACCCGUACGCCACCAUCAAGGACCUGCCGGGGCUGCCCUUCUGCGGGACCCUGGACCCCCCCUGCGGGCCCCCCGAGAGCAGCUACAUGGAGAUGAAGUCCGCCGUGCCCCGGAACCGCUCGUACACGGAGCUGAGCCGGCCGCCGCCCACCACCCCGCCCCCCCGAGAGCCCGGAUACUUCUCACAGGACGACCCCCUGAGCCACUACGACCUCCCCGUCAACAGCCACAUCCCCGGACACUACGACCUGCCCCCUCUGCGCCGGCCGCCCUCCCCCAGGAGACCCCCGUACUGA